AUGCUGCCCACAUACCAGCGGGUUGGAAGCGGUACGGGCGGCGGUACGGCGAACGGAUCGUCCGUCACAAAUCCGCUGCUCGGUCGGCGAUCGUUCCGAUCGCGGGAAAAGUGUCUCAUCCUGCUCGUACUCUCCACGUUCGGGUUCGUUUGCUUCGGGGGCUUUUUCUUCCUCCCGGACAACUUUAGUGCGGACCGGGUGCUGAAAGCGUACAAACAGUUUCAGCGUGCGGGGCCGGAAAUUUUCAUACCGGCGCCACCGCCCGCCCACGGCCGUACCGGUGAGGAGGACAUCCACAAGCAGGACGAUCGGGUGAAGCUGCAGGAGAAGAUACGGAAGGAGUUGCCGGACGAUUUUCUCGAAAAACCGGACACGGGUGGUGGUGACGAUGGUGGUGGUGGUGGUGGAGGUGGUGAGGAAACUGAUGCCGUUGAGCAGCGGGAAGGCGGUGGUCCAAUCGAUGAGCCGGACCAAGCGAACCGGUUACCCGGUGGUGUGGGCGUUGUGGCCGGACCGGCCAUCGAGGGCCCGGACGGGGUUGUACAGCCGCCCCAAAAUGGGCUGGAACAGGAGGAAGCGGACCAAGAGCAGGCGGACCGGCAUCACCAGCAGGGCGCACCACGGUUCCCGGCCGGGCUUAUCUUUAAUGCGUCCGUUGGCGAAGAUCCCGAUCGAGCUGUGCGCGAAAAACGCAACAAAGUAAAGGAGAUGAUGGUACACGCCUGGAGCAACUACAAGCUGUACGCGUGGGGUAAGAACGAACUCCGACCACUCUCGAAGCGUGGCCACAGCAACAGCAUCUUCGGUUCGUUCGAUCUCGGUGCAACGAUCGUGGACGGGCUCGACACGCUGUACCUGAUGGGACUGCACAAGGAGUUCGACGAGGGCCGCGAAUGGGUCGAGCGAAAGUUUACGCUCGAGAAUGUGGACGCGGAGCUGUCGGUGUUCGAGACGAACAUUCGCUUCAUCGGUGGUUUUCUCACGUGCUACGCCUUUACCGGGGAUCGGAUGUUCCUGGAGAAAGCACGCUACGUUGCGGACAAGCUGCUGCCCGCGUUCCAAACACCGACCGGUAUCCCGUACGCGCUGGUUAACGUACACAAUGGGGUGAGCAAAAAUUAUGGCUGGGCAAGCGGCGGUAGCAGCAUCCUGUCCGAGUUCGGCACGCUCCACAUGGAGUUUGCCUACCUGAGCGAUAUCAGCGGUGACUCGGUGUAUCGGGAGCGCGUACAAACGAUACGGGCCGUGCUGAAGGACAUCGAAAAACCGAAGGGCCUAUACCCGAACUAUCUCAACCCGAAAACGGGCAAGUGGGGCCAGCAGCACAUGUCGCUCGGUGCGCUCGGGGACAGCUUCUACGAGUACCUACUGAAGGCGUGGAUACAGUCCGGGCACGAGGAUUGGGAGGCGCGCGAAAUGUAUGACGAGGCGAUGCAGGCAAUCAUCAAACACAUGGUGCGCAACACACCGAGCGGGUUGACGUACGUGUCGGACAUGAAGUUCGACCGGCUCGAGCACAAGAUGGACCAUCUCGCCUGCUUUGCAGGUGGUCUGUUUGGGUUGGGCGGUACCUCGCUGAACAAUCAGUAUUCCCAGCAGUACAUGGAGAUUGGCGAAGGUCUAACGAACACGUGCCACGAAAGCUACAUCCGCACGUACACCCGACUCGGGCCAGAAUCGUUCCGGUUUAAUGAUGGAGUGGAAGCGAAGGCCUUGAAGGCGCAGGAGAAGUACUACAUCCUGCGGCCGGAAACGUUCGAAAGCUAUUUCAUCAUGUGGCGAUUGACGCACGACCAAAAGUAUCGCGACUGGGGUUGGGAUGCUGUACAGGCACUCGAAAAACACUGUCGCACACCGACCGGAUACACCGGACUGAAGAACGUGUAUCUCACCGAACCGGUGAAGGAUGAUGUCCAGCAAAGUUUCUUCCUCGCCGAAACGCUUAAGUACCUCUAUCUGCUGUUUUCCGACGAUUCACUGCUGCCCUUAGACGACUGGGUGUUUAACACGGAAGCACAUCCGCUGCCGGUAAAGGACCGAAAUCCGCUUUACCGUCCUGCGGCAGGUUCCAGUUCGCCGUAA